AUGGCAGACAGAGAGUUGACGGCGCUGGAGCAUGCCGGCAUCGGCGCAUCUGUGGGCUCCAUCGAAAUGGCCAUCAUGCGCCCGGCCGUCUUUUGGAAGACGGAGCUCCAGCAGCAGCGAUUCUCGCUUUCAAGGGCCAUCAACCCUUCCUACUGCUACAGGGGCCUACCCUUGGCAAUCGCCUCCAUUGCCCCGAUCACUUGUAUCCAGUUUGGCGCCAACAGCCUCAUCAGCUCAGGGAUCAAGGCGACCAAAGGCGCCUCCGAGCUCCGGGAGAGCGAGCGCUUGGGCGUCGCCGUCGUGGCCGGCGCUGCAUCAGCAUUGGUGCAGUGCCCCUGCCAACUGGUAGAAGUGAAUCAGUCCAAUCAUGGAUCGUCAAUGUUUUCAACAGCCAGGCGUGUGGUGUCAGAAUAUGGCUUCUUGGGCCUCUACCGUGGAUAUUCCAUGGGUGCCACACGAGAAGGCAUUUUUUGCAGCUCCUAUAUGGCGGUGAACCCUAUGGUGAAGAGUUGGGUCCAAGAGCAACGCCUGGAGCUCUCGGACGCCGCAGCCACCCUGGCGGCCUCGGCCGUGUCCGGCACCUUGGGAGCGGCCCUGUCCCAUCCAGCUGACACACUGAAGACCCGGCUACAGGCAGGUGCGCUGCCGCUACGACCUGGAGAGCCAGCAGAGGCUUUACGAAUCCACGGGCCCAUUGAUGCGCUCAAGGACAUGAGAGAGAAAGGCGACCUUUUUAAGAAGUGCUUUGCAGGCUUCUCGCCCAGAUUAUUCCGAUUGAUUUGCUGCACGUAUAUUUAUAGUAUCUCGACUGAGUUCUUGGAAUCCCUCUAUCGCUCCGCCUCUGUGGAUCUGGUUGUGGCUGGCACCAGAGUCCAAGUGUCACAGAGCCUGGCUUAG